CUCAAAGCCCCAACCUUUCGGUUACUGGCUCAACCUCCUGAGCUACAGUGACUCCCUCUCAGUGGGAGGAUCCACGUCAGGUUAGUUUAACCUUUGCUGUGGGCCACAUGCCGUUUUAAGACCGUGCCUGCAGCCGCCCGCCGUCGUUCUAUCUCUUUCUUCGGGUCAGUCUAGCAGCUGAAGUUUACAGACAUGGCGAAAACGUCUGAACAGAGCUCGUAUCUGGUCCUGGAGAACUACAUCGGAGGAAAGUUUGUGUCCUGCCAGAGCCACAUCGACUCCUACGACCCGUCCACCGGGGAGGUCUACUGCAAAGUGCCGGACAGCAGCAAGGAGGAGGUGGAUGCAGCGGUGGCAGCAGCUAAAGAGGCCUUCCCCGGCUGGUCGGCCCGCAGCACCGUGGAGCGGGCGCAGAUACUCAACAAGCUGGCCGACCUGAUUGAGGCGAACCUGGAGGAGUUCGCCCAAGCCGAGUCCAGAGACCAAGGCAAAACCGUGACCUUUGCACGGACGGUGGACAUCUCGCGAUCAGCCUACAACUUCCGCUUCUUCUCGUCGUCAGUGCUCCACCACACGAACGACUGCACCCAGAUGGACCACAUGGGCUGCCUGAACUACACCGUCCGCUGCCCUGUGGGUGUAGCUGGUUUGAUCAGUCCCUGGAAUCUCCCCUUGUACCUGCUGACCUGGAAGAUCGCGCCUGCGAUUGCCUCAGGCAACACGGUGGUGGCCAAGCCCAGCGAGAUGACCUCUGUGACCGCCUGGAUGAUGUGCAAGUUGAUGCAGCAGGCUGGUGUUCCUCCGGGCGUGGUCAACAUCGUGUUCGGCACUGGCCCCAGAGCAGGCGAUGCCCUGGUCGGCCAUCCCGACGUCCCGUUGAUUUCCUUCACUGGCUCCACGGCAACUGCCCAGCACAUCACGGAGCGGAGCGCCCCCUACUGUAAGAAGCUCUCUCUGGAGCUGGGAGGUAAAAACCCAGCCAUCAUCUUUGCUGACGCAGACCUGGAUCAGUGCAUAGAGACCACUGUUCGCUCCAGCUUUUCCAAUCAGGGAGAAAUCUGCUUGUGCACCAGCCGGAUUUACGUAGAGAGGAGCAUUUACCCUGAGUUCCUGAAAAGGUUUGUGGCCGCAGCCAAGAAGUGGAAGACCGGCGUGCCCUCUGACCCCAGCAACAACAACGGAGCCCUCAUCAGUAAAGAACACCUGCAGAAGGUCCGUGGCUUUGUAGCACUCGCCAAAUCAGAAGGUGGGAUAAUCCACUGCGGCGAGGGCGUCGACCAGCUGGACCUCCCUGAGCGCAACAAGUCUGGCUAUUUCAUGCCUGCCACCGUCAUCUCAGGCGUAUCCGACAGCUCCCGCGUCAUGCAGGAGGAGAUCUUUGGCCCCGUCACAUGCGUCAGCCCCUUUGACACCGAGGAUGAAGCCGUCUCCAAGGGUAACGGCGUGCGUUACGGUCUGGCGGCCACCGUGUGGUCCCGGGAUGUGGGGAAGGUUCACCGGGUGGCCAGACGGUUGCAAGCGGGCAUGGUGUGGACCAACUGCUGGCUGGUGAGAGACCUGAACCUGCCAUUUGGAGGAAUGAAGAACUCCGGCGUGGGGAGGGAGGGGGGGAAGGAUUCGUAUCACUUCUUCACAGAGGUGAAGAGUAUCACCAUCAAACACUGAGGGAGCAAAGACGAAUGCAAUAGUCUUCCAUUUUAUUUUUUUUCUUUUAGAAGCAAGCACGCACAUGUAGGGGAAGAUUGUUUUUUUUGUUUUUUUAGUUGAUCUUGGCAUUCAUCAACCUCUAAUGGCCGCUCUUGGGAAUUUCAAUGGCAAAUUUCUCCUCUCAGAUUACUGGAGCCUGUAAUUAAGUCACGUCUGUGGAAUCCCAAAGUCACACUGGCACACAGAUAAGUGAAGCAGCAGAGCCCCAUUAUAAAUGUGCAGAAAUAGAGUCAGUAAUCUGUGUAAGGGCUUAAACUUAAAAAGCAAAGGCCAUAUGAGGUAAAACCAGGUAAUGCACAAGCCUAGUCAUUGCCCACUUGUAGAAAAGAAGUCCAGAGUACAAUUUUCUGAAGUGAGGAACAACAGUCUAAUCAAACAUCCUAUAAAGGGUUCCACUGCUGGUAUUGUGCGAGACUUAUGUUACAAUUCAUGAGGCAAAUUAGAAGGCAAAUCUAUUUACUUGUGUCUUAAGCUAACUGAACCAUGGGCCAGAUCACUGUGGCUGAUUAGAAAAUGAUUCAGUUUUGUAACACAGCUCUUGCCCCAAAUAAAAACACCUCAUGUAAACGUCA